AUGGAGUUUAACAUUGGAUUCAUAGGCCUUGGCGCCAUUGGCUAUCCCAUGGCUGCAUCGAUUCGUCGGAACUUAUCGCGCCAAUCUACCGUCUAUGUUUUUGACGUCAACAAAUCAGCCUGUGAGAAAUUCGUCGACCAGUUUGAAAGCCUCGGGCAAGUGGAAGUGGCUGCAAGUCCUCGCGAAGUCGCCGCUGCAGCAGAUGUAGUGGUUUCCAUGGUACCGGGAGCACCAGAAGUAUCGAAGGUCUAUCUCGACGUCGAAGACGGGAUUGUCGCCGCUCCAAAGAACCUACAAAGACUGUUGAUUGAGUGCAGUACCAUUGAUACUACCACCGCACGGCACGUGGCAGAUCAGAUAAGAAAGGCUUCCCAAGGAACAUAUGUUGAUGCCCCUGUUUCCGGAGGCGUGCCAGCAGCAGAGAAGGGGACUCUUUCCUUCAUGAUCGGACGCAAACUCCAAGAUGAGGAAGAUGUAUUAUCCCAAAGACUGCGUCAGGUAGUGUCAAUGAUAGGCGACUCCGAAAAGCUCUUCUGGUGCGGUGACGUUGGUUCAGGACUUGCUGCUAAGAUCAGCAAUAACUACAUCUCCUGCUCUGUUCUACUUCUGGUAUCUGAAGCGAUGGCAAUCGGGGUAAAGUCAGGAGUGGACCCAAAGAUGCUUCAGACGAUUAUCCACAACUCUACUGGUCAAACAUUCAUGGGAGAUAAUGUCUGCCCAGUCCCUGGCGUUGUCCCCCAUGCCCCGAGCAGUAAUAAUUGGAGGCUGGGGUUCAAGACUCAGAUGUUUCUCAAGGAUCUUUCUCUGGGGAUCGAGGCUGCAAAACAGGAGAAUAUCCAGCCGACUAUGGCAGAGGCGGCCUAUGGGGUAUUUGAAAAGGCCGCAACGGACCCCCGCUGUAUCGACCGGGAUGGCUCUUCGGUGUACCUGUAUGUCACAGAUUCGGAGACUUAA